GUGAAUCAUACAGACAAAUAUUGCCGUGAAAUGUUGUUCCGAAUUUUUAAUAGUUUCACUUUUAUAUAACUAAUUUUAAAUGUGACUUUUCUCCAACAAUGAAAUGUCACAUUGCUAGAUUUUACCGGCGGGAAGAAUGCGUCGUUUGCUGUUGUUUACAGAUUUACUAGUACCAUCUAUACUUUCUUAUGGAACUUAUAUAAAAGAUAAGUAUAUUUCUCCAUCUACAUUACGCAAAGUUCUUGUUGUAUUUUCGAAUGGCGUAAGUACGACUCCCUGACUAGUCGUUAAUAUUUCAUUGAAAUUUUUAUUUGCAAUACGUCAGAACUAUAUAAAUUAUUAAACAUCAAUGGUAUAAUCAUGCCGCCUAUUCGUUUGUUAUCCUGGGGUGCAAAUUCUCAUAGUCAAUUGGGUCAUGGAUUUCAAUCGGAACAAUUGAUUGUACCCAAAGAAGUGGACUUGUCAGAGAUUUCUUUGGAAGCUGAGAAUAUUAAAAAAAUCGUAGGAGGAGCGGGUCACUCCUUGAUUUUAGACAAGUACGGCUGUGUUUACGCAUGCGGAUGGAAUAGCAAAGGCCAAACAGGAAUUCCUGGUGAAGAUAUUAUGCCAAAAUUUAAAAAAAUUGAAAGCCUCAAAGAUGAAGUUAUCACAGACAUUGAUUGCGGAUGGGACAGUACCAUGUGCCUUAACGAAAAUGGUGAAAUAUUCGUCUGGGGCUCUAACAGCUUCGGACAACUAGGAAUAGAUCCUCAACGGCAAAACUGCAUUUUACAACCACAAAAAAUAAUAAUGAAUGAAAAAAUAGAAAGAUUUUCUCUAGGUCUACGUCAUACAGCCCUAGUCACAGAAACUGGUAAAAUAUUAACGUCCGGUACGGGUGGAAAGUGUCAAUUGGGUUUAAUUGAUUCAGAAAAUAAACCAAUCAGACGCGCAAACAUUUUUACCGAAGGUGAUUAUCUACUUUCUGAAUAACCAACUGUUACGAAAAUUAUUACACAAAAAGUUCUAGGAUUGUCCAAAGUUACACAGGUAUCUUGCGGUCAGCAUCACACAGUUGCUAAAACCAAGGAUGAGAAUAUAUUCUCCUGGGGCGACAAUAAACAUGGACAACUUGGACUCGAUUCAACUGUACAU